AGGCAGGGAGAGCAGAGCACGGCGCAGCUGGCGAGCCAUUGCAUCGAGGCGCUUUUCCCUGAAGGAGAGGCACUUCCUGGAACAAGCAGCACUGCCAACACGCCUUUCCCUGGCGCCCGUGUUUAUAUCCCCUAUUUUUUUUAUUUAUGAAGAAAUGCUGUACUGUUUACAAAGUGUGUCUUGUUAUGUUGCUUUUUCCUCAUCCUUUUCCGGCGACGGAUUUCGUCUGUCAGCAGGCUUGGCUGGGAGAUACGGCGGCUAAAGUGUUCGUGGCCGCGGCUCUGGGCGGGUGAGUGAGGCGAGAGUAAUAGCAGCACCAGUACACCAGUAGACAUGUUGACACCCUCCCGGCGAGAAGCGUCGUACCGGGGCUCUCUUUAAGCCCCAAUAACCGUAGUGUGGACAGCACUAUAUUGAUGCUCAGUUGGGACCAUCUUACUCGACACCAUUAUUUUUCCAUAGAAGACCAAAAUGUCCCUUUGGAAUAGAGCACAACAGUUGCCUCCAGAUGCCCUCCGUGAGGUACAAAAUGUAUAUGGUGAGCAGUUCCCCAUUGAGGUACGGCAUUACCUUGCAGGAUGGAUUGAAGACAAAAUGCACCAAUGGAAUGAGAUAGACCCAGAGAAUGUGUCGCACAGCCAGUAUGCUCACUCUCUCGUGUCUCAGCUCAUUCAGGAGAUUGAGAAUAAGGCACUCAAUUACGGCAGCAAUGAGGACCUCUUCUUGGUUCGAAUACGCCUUGAUGAAGCUGCUAACAUGUUUAAGACUCGUUACCUGAAUAGCAAUCCACUGGUACUGGUGGGCAUCAUCCAGAACUGCCUGAAGAUUGAGCUGCAGUUAGUUCAGCGACACGAAAAUAUGCUUGGUGCUCCACACACAACUAAUAUGGUGAUAGAGCCAUGUGCUGAGAUAGUCAAUGAGCUGGACAUCUUGCAUCGCCGCACGCGAGAAACAGCCGACAUACUCAGGCAGUUGGAGCAGGAGCAGGAAUCCUUUGCUCUUCAGUACCAUGACUGUACAAAAAUUAAUGCUCAUCUUUCACAUAUUCAAAGUCAGGAGAAGACUCCACAGAACCGAGAGGUGGAAGCCAACCUGAGGAGAAGAAAGCAGCUGGGUGAACAGCAACUCACAGAGAAGGUGUCAGGAUUGCUGCAGAGGAGAAUGGACUUGGCAGAGAAGCACAAAGGAACCAUUGACAGACUAAAUAUCCUGCAACAGCGUAUACUUGAUGAAGAACUGAUCAACUGGAAGAGAGAACAGCAGAUGGCGGGGAACGGAAAACCUUUCAAUGGAAACAAACUUGACACCAUACAAGAAUGGUGUGAAGCCUUGGCAGAAAUUAUAUGGCUGAACCGGCACCAGAUCAAGGAGUGUGAGCGACACCAGACCAAGAUACCAAUAACCCCACAUGGAGGAGUGGACAUGCUGCCCACCCUCAACUCACACAUCACUCGCUUGCUGUCCUCACUUGUCACCAGCACAUUUAUCAUUGAAAAGCAACCUCCUCAAGUCAUGAAGACAAACACCAGAUUCUCAGCCACUGUCAGACUGUUGGUGGGUGGCAAGCUCAAUGUGAACAUGACCCCACCUCAAGUACGAGUGUCUAUCAUCAGUGAAGCACAGGCCAAUGCUCUUCUGAAGAAUGACCAGAUGAGCAAAGGUGAAAUGUCCGGAGAAAUUCUCAAUAAUACUGGUACCAUGGAGUAUCACCAGAGCUCAAGGCAACUCUCUGUAAGCUUCCGCAACAUGCAGCUUCGAAAAAUUAAAAGGGCUGAGAAGAAAGGAACAGAAUCAGUAAUGGAUGAGAAGUUUUCCCUCCUCUUCCAGUCACAGUUCAGUGUUGGUGGUGGUGAACUGGUUUUCCAGGUGUGGACUCUGUCGCUGCCUGUUGUGGUGAUUGUUCACGGUAACCAGGAGCCCCACGCCUGGGCCACGGUGUCCUGGGACAAUGCAUUUGCUGAGCAGGGGCGCAUACCAUUUACAGUACCUGACAAGGUGCCUUGGCCACAAGUUGCUGACAUGUUGGAUGCUAAAUUCAAGUCUGCCACAGGACGAGGAUUGACAGAAGAUAAUCUAAGGUUUUUGGCAGGGAAGGCCUUCAGAUUAGACAGAAGUCCCCAAGUACAAGAUUUCACAAAUAUGAUGUUGUCCUGGUCACAGUUCUGCAAGGAGCCUCUGUCAGAACGCAACUUUACGUUCUGGGAAUGGUUCUUUGCUGUUAUGAAGGUGACCAAGGAACACCUGCGCCAGCCCUGGAAUGAUGGCUCCAUCAUGGGUUUUGUGGGGCGUCGACCUGCUGAAGAAAUGUUGAAAAAUUCCAAGUCAGGCACUUUUCUCCUGCGAUUCUCUGACUCAGAACUUGGAGGAGUCACAAUUGCAUGGAUGUAUGAAGAUACCAGUAAAGCUGGUGAUCAGAGGGAUGUGUUCAUGCUGCAGCCCUUCACCAGUAAAUCCUUUGCCAUCCGUCCAUUGGCUGAUGUGAUUGCAGACUUGAAGUACCUCCUCUACUUGUACCCAAAUAUCCCCAAAGAGCAGGUGUUUGGCAAGUACUACACACCCAUAGGGGAGCAUCCCACCAACAAUGGUUAUGUAAAGCCUCACCUCAUUACCCAUGUCCCAGGGUGGCCAGGGCGAGGGUCAACAGAAUCUUACCCCAAUACUCCACAGCCCAUGUAUCCCAUGCAUGACACAAGCCUGGGUGACCCUCCUUCUGUCAGCUCCAAUCCUUCUGAUUGUGUCUCCACUGACCAAAAGCCUUCGUUGGAUUCUCCUUUAUUUGACGCAGCCAAUGUCCUCUCAGACUUCCCAAUGCCUCCCUACAACGAUACUGAUUAUCCUGACAUCCUGGAAAACCUGCCUGACCCAGACUUCACUAACUUCAGCCUCGACUUCCUCCAUACCAACUUUAUGAAGCAACAGUAAAGUUAGAACCAUCCCUCUUUGACAUGUAUAAUUUUUCUAGAUUUUAUAUUGAUGUUAUAUUAUUUGGGAAUGUGAUGGGCAUUGAUUUUGUUGCUCAUAAAUUGUUCAAAUGGCAACGUGUUUAUAGUGAAAAUUAACAUUGCUUCAUUCACAUUGCCCUCAGUAAAGGAAAUUAUUUGAUAGUACAUGAAUCCUUUUCAAAGUAGAUUGCUGUUAAUUCUUUUGAGUAUUUUAUAUUGAGAGGAUUGUUCUAAUAACUAUUGUAGUGGACAUCAAACUAUAGAGCCAAGUUACAACUAUAUUUUAUUAUGAGACUCUACUGAGAAGUAGCGUUUAUGUUAGUAAAUUUUUUCAUAUAUUUAGGUGAACAUAGGUAAUGGAAUGGAGUGAUUUGACAAGGAGGACAUACGAAGAUGGAAUGGAUGCUGUAAGUGUGAGGGGAAGACCCACUAUGAAACGGGAGGACUGUGUUGGGAUAUUUGAAAGGGGAAGGCUUAUGAAGUUGAGAGGAAUGGAGUGUUUAUGAGUGGAGUGUAUGAAUGGAAACAAACAGAAGGUGUUUUGUUGUGGCCAUCCCCCUUGAGGGAACUCCAGAGAAACAGAUGUCUGAGUAGAUUAGAUUAGAUUAGAUAUUUCCAUUGGGAAAAGUGUGGUGUUUGCCUCUACCCAAAAGGCUUCCAGGCAUAGGAUGAUCUUUACUGAGUAUUUCCAUUAACCCUUCACCUGCUUCCGAACUAGACCUUUUGUCAUUCUUUCCUCCUACUUCUCUGUAUGUUCAGAUCACAUGAGUUAUUCUGUUUGAUGCAUUGUUUCUUCAGUUUUUGAAGCUGUUGUUGAGUUUGAUGUUAUUAUCUGUUUUGUUUUCUUUUUCAAUACCAGUCUGCUUCUAGGAGAUCCUAAUCAAGCUUGUAGAGCAGAUACAUUGCUGGAACUCUCUCUUGCAUUACUCUCCAUGAGGUUACUGAAGAUCUCUUGGUCAUUUUGUUGAAUUUUUUAUUAUUUUAUUUUUUUUUAUGUUAGAAAAUAGCCCAAAGAACGAUAGUAUUAUGAAGUGUUAUUCUGGUGUAUUCAAUGCUGCUAUUUGUGUUGAAAGCUUCCUCCUUGGAAUUUUAGUUUCUUUGAAAGACAACUUGAUGUUACUGAUCCAGAUUUUCAUCUUGCUGCCAAGUAGCUCUGCCCUUUUUUUUUUUUUUUUUUAUCUUGACAGUGUUGUAAAGCUUUGAUAGUGAGAGAUGCAUUUCUUGUGGCAGCUAUAAUGUUCAGAUUUUUACCUUGUAGGUAUGUCAAAACUGAUUGACCUUCAAGAGACAUAAUCCACCUAAGUUAAAGUCACAAAUGACAUUUCACAGGUCUUAAGUCUUUACAUCUCUGCUCUCUGCCAAGGUAUAAAGAGCUACUACUAUUCUCUAACUUGAUGAACUGCUUGUACUGCCUGCUAGUGACAGCUCCAUGUAGAGUCUGUACCACUGACUUCCCAUCAGAGUGUGUGUUGUACUCGGUGCCUCCAACACGUAGGAACACUGUCAUGACAUAAUCCCAAAGUAAAUAUAACCCAGACAACAUUAGACAAUUAUGGGAUGGUUGAUUUUGAUGGGCUAAGGAGGCAUUUUGAGUUCCUACUUGAGAGAGAAUUGUGGUGGGUUUUUAAGGUUUAGUGAGUGUUAGAAAAGUCAUUAAGUAUAUAGAAAGAAUAGAAAAGAGAAGGAAUUAUAUUAGCAAUAGAUGCCAAGCAGUAUGCCAGUGCUUUCAAGAGUUUGACUUCUGUAUAUCAAGGAUUAGGUAUUUUUUCUUAUCUAUCUAUCUUUCUAUACCUGGUUGAGAUGCCCACUUUGAAGAUGGGAUGGUCAAAACAAUGCAGGAACAAAAUUAGUGGAGGGAGACCCAUUCCCCUCACUCCGUCCCUUUGUCUUCUAAGACAUGCUAGGAAUACGGUAGCAGUAUUCUUGCAGCUCAGUCUCAAAAUGAGUGGCCUGCCUGUGUCUCCCUAUCACAGGGAAAUAUAUGUAUAAUAAUAAUCAGAUAAUGGUCCAUUCCUUCCAAAUGCACUCAAAACUCAAUUUAUCUUCAUUCAUCUUUCCUGUUCAUCCUUAUUACUGCACAGUACAAGUGGAGCCAGCUUUUGUAGAUAUAGCUUAGCAGGAUAUACUCAUGCCUUCUUGGAGACAGAGGGCAGAUGGGAUGAAGAUGACUAGAUGAGGAGAGGGAGGGAGAGAAACAAUCAGAAAAAAAAUGUUGUGAUCAAAUCUAUAGGAUUAUAUGUCACCAUAAAAGUACAAUAAUAGGAUAAUUGGAAAAACUUAGUGAUUGUUGAUAAAUUUAAAAUAGCUCAUUAAUUAAUAUGUGAAUAGGAAUAAAUAGAGGGAACUUGUACUCUCCAGAUAUAUUUAAAACUAAGUGAAGAAGCAGUAAUGUAUCAUUUUGCUGAGAAAGAUAGAGAUGGUAGAGAUGGUAUGAUUGGUGGCAGUGAAUAUUGUGCACUGCAUCAGAUGUGAGAAUGAGUUUAUAGUAAGAGACUGGAGUAACUAGGUGUCUGUAUUAACAAGGAAGGGAGAGUGAGAGAGAGAUGUAGUCAUAUAUAAUGCACUGAAUGGGAUUGGAAAGAGUAGAUAUAGAAGUCAAUGAUCAUGAACAGAAGAAAACAAGAAAGCAUUAGUAGACAACACCAAAGGCCAAGUGAUUAGAUGACACAAAAGGUCUUACUCAAUGGAAAUAUUUAUGAUAAGAAAAGGUUUGAGAUGAUUGCCAUGCAUUUUAAGUGGGAUUUGGUGAUGAUGAGUUGCUGAAGGUGUGCAUGUUAUGUUAAACUGGGUGAAUGUGGUCUAACACAUACGUGCAUACACACACACACAUACACACACACUGAUCAUGCACUGCCUUGGCUGGAUAUUUUAAAGUUAAGUAUGUGAAUGAGAGCAUAGCUGAGUUAUAACAGAGUCAGUCUAAAAGGAACAGGCUUCAUUCAUCAGUAGGUAAUGUAUAUUUCAUGAUGACUAUGGAAAACUAUAUGAAUUAAGAUAUAUAUUUUUAGGUGGUGGUGGAGAUGGGUGGGUUACUUGUAAUUUUUGUGAGGUGGGUGAUAGAAGAUAAACUUGACUUGUGAUUUUUCAUUGGAAUCCUGCAGCUUGUUUAUAGAAGUCUUGUGUACAUAGAGGUAAUUUUGUCAGUGGGAAACUCUUGGUUAUCUCUUCAGCAUGUUACCCUAUCACUUCAUUUUCCAUCAACGAAAUGUAGAGAAUUACUCAUCAUGAUUUAUGUGAGAUAUAUUGCACAAAGUGUAGAUAUACCCUUGUAAAAGACUUCAGGCCACUGAGUCAUAUAAGGAACACAAAGGGAGGACAAACAGCAGCAGACCAGUUGUCAUUUACAGUGCUGUUUGUGAUAAGUGUCAUUGGAUGCCAAAAGUCCAACUAUAAUCUCAGUUCCAGGGGAUUGAAGACCGUUCAUUUGUACAGGCUAACAAAUAUCAAGUGCUGGUACCUUAUUUUGAAACUUGCUGGUACUAAAGCAGCUAGUGUAUAAUGUUAGUGUAUUGGAAAUUUUUGUUAGCUUUUGUACUUGUAGUAAACAUAAUAGACAUGUAGGAAGUGGCUAAAGCGAUGUGUUGGCGGUGCUUCAAAGUCUGCAUUCUGAGUCUAAGGAAUGUAUUCUUGAAUGUUUUUGGUGUCUCAUCUCAGCUACUUUUAACAGGCUCUGAUUGAAGUUAUUGGGUUUUCAAAGGUGUUUUCAUGUUAAUGAUGAUAGUUUCACAAGGAGAGUAAUAUCAUGAGGACCCAGUUAAUCAUGUCUGUGGCCUUUGAAGAUAGUGUGUGAGAGAACAAAGUGAUUUGGAAGAAUAGAGUAUCAUUGUUAAGUUGAAUGAUGACAAAUAACAAGUGAGGAGUCUAUCAGCAUGGCCACUUUGAUGUUCAAGUGCAGACACAAGGCCAAAGAUGGAGAAAGAAAUACUAAUGUGGUACAAUUGGAAAUAUUUUUUCCAAAUUAAAUGGACUGCCAAAUCAGCAGUUUUAAGAGUAUCAGAACAUAGAUAGAUAAAAUAGAUAGAUACAGAUACAGACCUAUAUACAUACUUACAUAGUGUACAUACAAAUGAAUAUAUAUGCCACUAACACUGGCAUAUGUUGUUAUUUUAUGAUGUUACUGUUAUUUUAUGAAUGUUCCAAAAAUACUUUUAGUUGCAGGCUAUAUUUAGGGAAUGCCUGUGAAUGUGUGUUUUAGAUUAAUAAUAGCUUUAUAUCUCCAUGUAUAUAACUUAACUGCAAUAAGCAUAACUUGCCAAUUACCAGAAUGUUGCUCUUCACUAUUAAGCUGUGGCACGCAUCCAUUACUUGUACACUUUAUGAGGUUUCAGUGGUGUACUGUUAGGCAUGAGGUGUUGGUUGGUGUUGGUUGGUGUUCAGUUAGUUGGUAAUUGUGUUUUCUAUUGCUGUACUCUGAGAUUGUGGAUGCUCAUGUGAGAGCAGCUUAGAAAUGAGGACAUAUUUUUAAACCCCUGAAUUUGUGUGGCCAUUGAGAACAGCUUAGAAGAGGGGACAGAUUUUCAAGCCCCUAGCCACUAACUGAUGAUGUGUGGCCAUUGAGAACAGCUUGUACUGAGAGAUUUUCAUUCCCCUAGCCACUAUCCGAUGAUGUGUGGCCAUUGAGAAUAGCCUGUAUAGGGGAACAAAUUUGUAUGCCUCUAGACACUACCUCCAGAAAGGGACAUAGGUGAGUAGCAGUGUCACUCAGCGUGGUUGGUGAUGAUGUAACCCCUGAGAUUUCUUAAGGGUGAUCAUACCUUUUUUUAUUUACUUUUCUGUUAAUUUUUUUUGGCCUCCUAGAUUGAGUAAUUAUAAUGUACAGUUGCUCCAAGUAGUGAUAUCAGUCCAGUGGAUUUCAUGUUUGUAGACUGAAUGGAAAUUGAUAUAUGGACUAGUGAAUUGCUUUACUCUAAGUGCCCUGCAAACACUGGGAAGAAAUAGGGAUGUCAGAGGUGGAGGGAGAAAUCUGAUGCUUUUUUUUUUGUCUUGAAAUAUUUUUGUAGAAUAUGACACUACUUUGGGCAACUGUACAGGUGCUCAUGGCUCUGCAAAGCUUCUAGGAGAUAGAGACUGUCCUAUAUAGAGUACAAGCUGGAGUUGGACACAUUCAGUCAUGCCCUUGUUGGAGAGUCUGCUGAUAAUGUAAUCACAGGAAUAAACCCAAGAAGUUUC